UAUCUUAAUAUAUUGUAAAUAUAUUGUAGUUUAUAAGUAAGCUUUUUUGCAAUGUGUAGAUUGUAAGACUCUAUAUAACAUUUCGGCUUUUCUACUUAUUUCAAAACAUUCUUACUACCUAUCUCUGAGUUUUCACUAUCCGAUCUUUAAUUAUGAUUUAUUAGGCAUGUUAUGUCUACGACAAUUUGCAUGCAUUUCACACAACCAAGUAAUAUUUACAAAUAAUAUCAUAUUGUUAUUACAUUUUAAUAUCCCGCGCAUCGCGCGGGUGAGAAUCUAGUUAAUGAUGAAAGUUGAUCAUAUACGAACUCCGUUAUACUACUAUGAUACGGAAUUACGGAGUACUUUUUAAUUCAAAACCGCGAAAUAAAUAAGAUUCUUCACUUUCGACGACCAGCCCAUCGCAGAGCCGAUCCCUCCCUUCCGUGAAUUCCCUCCCAUUCUUCUCUUCUUUGUCCUGCCCUAGAAGAAGCGUAGGAUCAGCGGAGCUCUUCCCCGCCAGUUUCCGGUGUGAAGCUUUGAUAUUCUUAUUUAGAGAGAAAAGCAUGUCUGAAGAGGGAAGAGUGCAUCCUGACUGUCAAAAUGCAUCAAAUCCUUAUCACGAAUGCAGUGAGUACUGCUUCAAGAUAAUCGCUGAAACAAAGAAACGGAUUAAGCAAACAGAAACAGGGGUAACACAACCCAAUGAUUGUAGUGAUGCUCAAGCCCUUCUAGGCGAUAACUCUGAUCGGUCUCAGAAUGAUCAAGAUGAAAAGGAAGACACUGCAAGUCCCAUCAAAGAUCUUUCUAAUCUUACAGGAAGAGAGAAAAAGCUGCAUGAAUUGAGGUUAAAGAUGAAUGCCGCACAAAAAGCAAAUCAAUCUGCUUUAGUGGAGGAGAAUAGAAAAACAGAAGCCCCAGAAGAAUCUAGAGGCAUGUCCAAGAAAAAAUGGCUCGAGGAGAGGAAGAAGAAACUUGGGAAGUUGCUGGACGCAAAUGGUCUUGUUAUGAGUAAGGCAUACAUGCUUGAUACACAAGAGUCUGCUGAGGCGAAGUAUAAGAAGUGGGAAAAGGAACCUGCCCCGGCUGGUUGGGAUGUUUUUAAUCAGAAAACGCUUUAUAACGCACACAAGAAAAGAACAAAGAACAUCGAGGUUGACUUUGAAGAGUACAAUAAAAUGAAAGAGGUUGAUCCAGAGUUUUAUAGAGAAGCUUCAAGUCUUCAAUAUGGAAAGGCACCAAAAGUCUCUGAUGAUAGGAUUGAGAGGAUGGUGAAAGAACUCAAGGACAAAGAGGAGAAGCGGAAAUCAUUCAGUAGGAGGAGAAGGUAUCGUGAAGAGAAGGAUAUUGACUCUAUCAAUGAUCGUAAUGAGCAUUUUAAUAAAAAGAUCGAGCGAGCUUUUGGAAAAUAUACCCUGGAGAUCAAGAACAACUUGGAGAGAGGGACUGCUUUGCCUGACUGAGGUUGCAGUUGUUAUGAACUUAUGAUUACCUUAAGCGAGAUCACUAUGCAGCAAUUCUUCAUAUACUGAAAUCUGGUCUAACAUUUUUUAUCUGUUAUUGAUGUAUAAGUUCUGGUUUGAUAAUAUGCACGUGUAUGCUAAUUUGGAAAGGCUUGUUAGAAUGGGAGAACCGUUUCGUGUACCGUUUUGUGGCAUCAAUGUUUGAAGCUUCCCUCCACCUGAGUUCAAACUUUCUGUGGUAUUCUGUACAAUUUCCCCUACCACCCAUUCUUAUUUACCUAUGUUUAUUAAUUGAUCAGUGCACUUGAUUUCAACCACUCAAAAA